AUGUGCCACUUUCAGGUCUCCUCACACUGCUGGUGGGUUCCAUUUUGUCAUAGGGUGCUGGCAGAUUACGGGCCUCCCAUUGCUGCUGCCAGGCCCGUAAUCUGCCAUGGGCCCCUGUACCGCCUCCUCAUGCUGCUGCCAGGCCCGUAAUCUGCCAUGGGCCACCGUACCGACUCCUCAUGCUGCUGCCAGGCCCGUAAUCUGUCAUGGGCCCCUGUACCGCCUCCUCAUGCUGCUGCCAGGUCCAGAGUGUCUCAUGGGUCCCUGUACGGCCUCCCAUUGCUGCUGUCUCCAUCGCCACACUCUGCCAUGUGCCACUUUCAGGUCUCCUCACACUGCUGGUGGGUUCCAUUUUGUCAUAGGGUGCUGUAUGGCCUCCCAUUGCUGCUGCCUCCACCGCCACACUGUGGCUCCACACUCUGGUUUUGGCCCCGUGACUGCCCAAAUGAGUGAAGUGUGCGGUGAUUCUAAGAUCGACGGCACUCAUCUGCAUGUCAUACUGACUGACAGUAUUAUUUCUCUUCCCCAGCAGACUCCAAGGGCAUUUAAAUUAAGGGUACAGUGUUCUGCACUAAUAUAA